UCGUCUGACGUGUUUGUUGUCAAAAAUCAUCUGACAAACCCAGGAGAGAAGUCUACCCGAGGUCCAUCUGUCAAAUCACUUGUACUAAUUGGGCAUUUCUCAUAAAACGUCUGAAAGCACAUAAAAUGCCUUUGACGACGUGUGAGACGGUCGCAAAUCUGAAUUACCCAAGUUAUGCCAUCGUUAGCAUGACUGGCCGGCAUAUUGUGGUCGGGGGAGGAGGAGGAGCAGCGAAGACCGGGAUCAUGAACCAAUUUGAUGUUUUCGAGUUGUAUCAUGAUGGAAAACAGACAGUUGGAGAGCGAGUUUUGUCCCAUGACGUUGGUGAUUAUUGUAUAACCAAUAUGGCCGGCUGGGCAGAGAACCCUAAGUCAGGAAAGGGUGAAUCUCCAAGCUUUAUGCUCUCUAUUGGCUUAGAAGAAAAGUGUGAUUUGAUGAAGCUUACACAAACCAUAAAAUCAACGGAGGUGGAAGAAACUUCAACAGAAAUGCAAGCCAAAAAAGAAAAAGGCAAACAUAAAGCAAUACGGAAGAGGAGAGGUAGUGAAAGAAAUGCAGAAGAAGGGACAACUGUAGCUGGGGAAGAAGCUAAGAAGGAGAGGAAGAGAAGAAAAUCAGUCAAUACAACACUGCGUGGUGAAAAAUAUUUUUCCUUCAUUGUGGAGAAAAUAUCAUCAACUGAAACAGUUUCCAAGAAGCAAACUGAAGAAGAACCAUAUCAGAAGUGCUGCAGAGUGUCACCAGACCAUAAAUUAUUGGUAACAGGAGGAACAGAUGGUCAUGUUAGAGUGUGGGGAUUACCAGACAUGACCAAAGUGAAAGAUAUAAAAGCUCAUGAAAAAGAAGUAGAUGAUUUGGAUAUUAAGCCAGAUGGAAAGCAGAUUGUAUCAGUUUCAAAACCAUCAAGAGAGUGUUGUGUUUGGAAUGUGAAAGAUGGCAAGAAAUUCAUUCAAGUGGCAUUGCAGACCAACGGAGUAAAAUACAAGUGUUUCCGAGCCAGGUAUGGCACCGUAGAAGGAGAUCCUGCGAAGACUCGUCUCUUUACUAUUAGUAACCCAGUAACUGGAACAAAAAAUCCAUCCAUUGUGGCCAAGUGGUGUGGGAAGAGCUACACUCAGGAAAAAACACAGAAUCUUACAGGGUCAUUGAGUAGUUUGGCACUUAGUGAUGAUGGUCGCUUUUUGGCAACUGGAACAAUGGGGGGAACAGUCUACAUACUGGUAGCAUUUAGUCUUCAGAAACUGCAAACAAUAGAAGAAGCGCAUAGCAUGUUUGUGACUGGCCUGGAAUGGCUACCAACUAAUGAUGCUGAAUCCCAAAUGAUCCGGGGUUACACAGAUGCUUCAGUACUCUCCAUUUCUUGUGAUAAUUCCUUGAAGAUCCACCACAUCCCUAAACCUGGUAUGGUGCCAGUUUGGAUUGUUGCUGUUCUUGCUGCCAUUGUUCUCUUUUGUGCUUUUCUGUUUGCAAGUUUUCUAGGUCUCUGAAUAAAUUGAAUAACUAACCUUUCCUUUUGAUAUGGUGAUAGAUGUUGUCUAAGUAAUUGAUUCAGAAAGUAAGAAAACAUGAUAUGGAGACAAGAAAGCAACUACUAUUUAUAUAAAAUUUUAGUCAUUCUCCUUACUCAUUUUAUUUAGCAUUAAAUGUGAAGAGUUCCUGGUAAUUAUUAAAGGUUCCCUUUUUAUUUAGUACUAGUAUUACCAAGUUGCCCAUUAGUUUGCAUGAAAAGAAUAAUUAAAUACUUUAAUGUUGUAUUUUUUUUUUUUUUUUUUUUUUAAAGAAAAAAAAUGUCAUUACUAAUAACUGAAGCAGUUAAAUGUUUAUUUUUAUAUGUUGGAUUUUAUGUAUUAGAUCUUUUUAAAAUAAAGUUUAGUGGAUAUAGACCUCAGAUAUGCCUGUUUAACAGUGGUAUUUUAUUAUUAAUUUUACCAAUUGUAAUUUUUUUUUUUUUUUUCCAGUAAGUUUAUAGUAUGCGAAUCCCAAAGGUUGUAUAAGUCACAGGUGGGAGUACCCAUUUUCCAGCUUUUUUAUACAAUUUAUUAUUGAAAUUGGUCUUUAUAUGUUUUGUAAAUCAUUCAAAGAAAUGUGAUAUUUACACUAUAUGAAAACAGAAAGAAUUGUUAUAGUUGCAGAAUAUCAUGUCAUAGAAGUUAUACACAAUGUGCUACACAUCAUGAAUGAAAAGAAGUCUCCUUGCAUAUGAUUAUUUUGAGGCCUGAGGCAUUUAUAAGGCAUCUGGGAUCAGCUGGAUGAAAAGUAUAAAAAGGGUAUGUUCUUUUGAGAAACACAUAAGAUUAUCUGUGUAGAAUAAAACCACGUAUUUAAAUAUAGUAUAUAAGUGAGCAUAUAUAUAUAUAUAUAUAUGAAUAUUAACAUUUUUUCAUUUAACCCAUUGGUGUCAGGUACAGUUGGGACAAAUAAAAGGAAAACAUAGAUAGCAUAAUCCCUUACAGGAAGCAUGCUACACCUGGUAACACUCCCAUCUGUGAAGUUGCCUGUAAUUGCUACUGCUGUGCUGCAUCUGGCAAUUUUCAUGGAAUGAUUAUGUAAUAUGACACUUUAUUAAUACAUUAUUAGUGUUAAGAUGAGAAUCUGACCAAUAUAAGUCAGCACAUAUAUUGUGUCACAAAGUAACAUUUACCUCAAGAUGUCCAUUGGGCAUAUAUAAAAUUAACUUUCUAG